CCUCUCCUGCCAGCAGUCACUUUCUUUCUUGGCAGUGCCAUGAUGGGUUCCUUGGUGCCUUUCCAUCUGUUCCUUGGAUGGGCGCUGCUUCUGGGGCAGCCAGUUUUGGGGCAGGACUUUGAAGACCCCCAAGUUGCCUUGGAAGAAGAAGAAGAAGAUUGGGAAGAACAUGAGAGCCCUUUGGAGGAAGAUUCGGUAGAAGAAGAGCCUCUUCCGGAAAGUUGGGAAGACCUGGCACCAUCCGGGGAAGACUCAGAGGAACUGGAGAGACAGGCGGAGAGGAGACUCAGGGGUCUGAAGGAACAUGGAGAAGCUUACCCAGAGAUGGGCUUCUACAAGACCCUGGCUCUGAGACACUACAACAACCGCCACCCGGGUCCCCUGUACAGGCAUUUGGAGGACACCGAGGUCCAGAUCCAGAAAGCCCUUGGCACACUCUUAACGUUCACGGUGUAUUUGGUGAACACCAAUUGCACCACGGAGGACAGGAGGCUGGAUAGUGCUCUUCGCGCGCACCUUCGAGACAUGGGGGAAUUAGUAGAGGAGUAUGGUAUGGCGCACUGUGGCCUGCCACCUGAAUCUGAACAACAGAAACUGAAGUGCAUUUUUACCCUCUUUCUGAACGGAAGGGGCUCCCAUCCCGCUGUGAUCGACCAUUACUGCCAACCGAUCGAUGUCUUCGAUGAGCCGCUCGCGGAAGAAUGAAGGCUCUCCCCAAAGCUUUGGAGGCUGGUGUGUGUGCGUGUGUGUCCGUCCGUUCCACAAUUUAAUCCCUUAGUUGUAAAUGAGGAAUCUCCCCUCUAAACUCCGCUGCUGCAACCCCUCUCUUCUAAAAUAGGAGAAUAAAA